AUGCCACAGGACUCCGAGGCUGUGUGCCAGUCGGUGCUGAACUUUGUCACAGAAGGCACUUACCCCGAGGAGAAUGUGGUGGCCGCCGAGUUCCCCAUGACAGCUCUCGCGAAGGAAUUGGAGCUCAUAGCCAAGGCUCGCGAACAAGUUGAGAAUGAGAUCAGCUCCCUUAGCAGCGAGAACACCUUCGACGCCGACGAUUGGAUCAUCCAGGCCAAACAGCUCCACGCAGACAUAGAACGAUCGCGAGUCACCGCACGGGAGAUCGUUGCUCAACAUGAGCACACCAAACCCCUAGAGGCCAAGGUUGAAGAUGCGAGUGCAAAAGUGGGCUUGAUCGAGACAGAGAUAGCCUUCAACCAGGCCGUCGCGGAGACUCUAGAGGAGGUGCAGCGACUCUGUCAACGGUUGGAAAGCGGGCGCACUGCCCUAGUGAAUGGCCAGAUCACCGCAGCAAUUGAUCAGUUAGUGGCCGCGGACGCCGCCAUCGGAGGAGAUUCGUUCUUUACGAAUACGAAUGUGAUGAGCAUACUCUCCCUCGAAGUGUCGCGAUUGAGACAGGAAGUUGAAGAGGCGUUACGUCUACGUUGGAGCGAGCAGUUGAAAUUUGACCGAGAAAAGGGCGAGUUCCAGGUCACCAAGCAGGAGGGUCCAGACUCGCUGGAGAAUACAAUUGCUGCGCUAUCACAAAUGGACAUUCUCACGUCUGCCAGUGGCCAGUUCCAAAAAGAUCUCAUCUCGGUAAUUAUUGAUCCCAUUCUUCUGCCUCGCAAAAAUGGGAGCAGCUAUGCCGUUGCUGUCACCGAGGCUGGCGUCCUUGUCGAGUCCAAACCUUCAAAGGCAACUGUGGCUGACAUUCUCAAUCGCAUGACGGAACUCCUGAACUACCUGCGACUGAACCUCCCAUCUUCUACAAUGUAUGAUUUGUCCCCAUCGUUGAUUCCGGCUAUCUCUUCAAAGAUGAUAUCCGGCUGGCUGUCAUCUGCCAUCCCAACAGAUCUUAUUGGUCUAGAUGACUUCGAGGGUACUCUGGACCAGGUUUUGCAGUUUACAAAGACCAUUGAAUCCUGGGGAUGGAGUGGGCAAGAAGAACUUGUUUCUUGGGUUUACCAAGCCCCUAGAUUGUGGCUCACUCGUCGUCGAGUUGACUCGCUUGACAGUGUGCGCAAAGUUCUUGCGGCCAGCAAAGGAACCACAAAGCAAGUCGAGCGGGUUGAGAUUGAGAAGGUCUCCCAGGCUGACGGAGCUUUGCUUGAAAAUGCCACGAACGACGAUUGGGAUGCGGGCUGGGACGAUGAGAAAGAAGAAACGCCCGCUGAGCAGACAAAAGGCACUCCACCUGAGGAUGAUGAGGAUCUUGAUGCAUGGGGUUUAGAUGAAGACACCCAAGAGGAGACCAAGCAGGGUGCCUCUGCCCCGACCGAAGAUGAGGAUGCAGACGACGCCUGGGGUUGGGGCGAUGAUGACGAGGAAGUGAAGGGUGGGAAACCCCAACCAUCACAACCCGCCGCAGCAUCAAGGCCGGCGAAUGAGCGAAGCACAGACAAGUCCCCCUCUCCCAGAGAGGUCACGUUGAGAGAGGUCUAUACGGUUACGGAUAUCCCGGAUUCCGUCCUUCAGAUCAUCCAGCGGCAGAUCACAGACUCAAAAGACAUUUCACAACCACCACACUCAAUUUCCCGUGUUUCUUCCUCUGGUGUUGGUCUACUGGCACUGCCAACGCUGAUCCUGGCGAUGUUCAAGGCCACUUCGUCCACCUUCUAUUCUCUGAAGCUCAACUCUGGGCAGAUGUAUAUUUACAAUGACAGCCUUUACCUUGCCGGUCUGGUUCGGAAGUUGAUAGAAGAGCACGACCUCUCCAGGCUCAGUUCCGAUGUUGAAGCUCUCGAAAAGUUCGGCAAGGUUGCCUACAGCAAAGAGAUGCAGACGCAGAGCACCAUUGUCACAGAUCUCCUCGAUGGUGCGCAAGGGCUCAGUCAGUGCUCGGAGCAGCCAUAUAAGUCAGAGUGUGAGAGCGCUAUCAGUGCGACUGUGGACCGAAUUCGCGAUGUCUACAAGGAGUGGCAGCCCAUCUUGUCGCAUUCUGCGUUGCUGCAAUCUAUUGGUUCUCUGCUUUCCACGGUGAUCAACAAGAUCAUUAUUGAUGUUGAGGACCUGGGUGAUAUCUCUGAAGAUCAGUCCAAGCAAUUGGUCUUGUUCUGCAACCAGGUGUCCAAGCUGGAGGAUCUCUUCAUGCCUGAAGCUACCGAUGACGCCGAAGCUCUACCAGUCACUGCCGUGUAUGUACCGAGCUGGCUUCGCUUCCAAUAUCUGGUCAACAUUUUGGAGAGCUCCCUGGCCGACAUCAAGUUCCUGUGGUUAGAGGGCGAAUUGGGUCUAGAGUUUUCGGUUGACGAGGUCGUUGAUCUGAUUGAAGCACUAUUCGCCGAGUCCGAUUAUCGUCGCCGAGCCAUUUCCGAGAUUCGACGAGCUCCUCGGGGAAACGACCACAUUGCCUCAUUUUUGCCCAUCAUGAGUGAAGAACAGGUCUCGUCUGCCGCUGAGGUUGUGCAGCGACAGGUUCGUGUGCAGCUCUCUAGCCAGCAGGAGGAUAUCGCUCUGCCUGAAAGCACCGGUCCCAUCCUCGUUCCCACUGGCUUGCGUCGUUAUGCUCUGUCUACUCUGGUGAACAACCUUCUGGGCAGUGAGAAGCCGAUCCCGUUCGAGUUUUUGAUCAACGGAACUUUUUUGCGUACCUCGAUCGAUGAAUACCUGACUGCCAAUGGUAUCUCUGCUGAGACUACCCUCGAGAUUGAAUAUGUCCGAGCUCUUAUUCCCCCGCUUCACAUCGCGUCUUUCCAGCAUGAUGACUGGGUCAGCGCUACCGACGUGCUUUCUGAAACUUCGCACGCCGCAUCUUGGGCCUCCGGUGCCACCUUCUCCAAGGGUCAGGAGAGAAUUUUGUCGGGAAGUUACGACGGUCUGCUGCGGAUAUGGAACAUGUCUUCGGAGAUCAUUGCGACCUCGCCUGGUCCCGCGGAAGGUGGACACACUGCGUCUAUCAAGGCCGCCAAGUUCGUGUCUCCCAACCAGAUUGCGUCCACCGGUCUAGACCGCUCUGUUCGUUUGUGGAAGUACACUGAGAACGAUGAAUUCUCUGGCAAGAUUACUCCUCAGCUGGAGCUCUACGGACACAAAUCCGCCAUUGAAUCUCUGGCUGUGCAUGCGCCUUCCAAUCGUCUUCUCACAGCCUCGGCCGAUCACACUGUCGGCUUCUGGUCCACAAAGAAGGCCGAUGCCGGUGCCGCCCCAGAGAGCCUUCUCCCUUCCGCAAUUGGUCGGACUUCAAAGCGACGCAAGCUGAACAACUCCGUCAGCACGCCGCAGCGUGGACCUCUGUCCCUUCUUUCAGGCCACACUGCCCCUGUCUCUGCCGCCAUCUUCGACGCAAGAGAUUCCACUGUUGGAUACUCCGCCUCUUGGGAUCACUCGUUGCGCACCUGGGAUCUAGUUACCGGCGCUCUGGUUGAUACUCGCUCUACUUCCCACUCUCUCCUCUCUCUUGAGCACCUUCCCGAACACCACCUCCUGGCAGCAGGUACCUCUGCCCGACACAUCACCCUGAUCGACCCCCGAGCAUCUGCCACAACCGUUACGGCCUUGACGCUCCGUGGACACACAAACGCCGUCGUCAGCCUCGCCCGCGACCCUCACAGCACCUACGGUCUUAUUAGUGGUAGCCACGACGGCACAUGCCGAAUCUGGGAUAUCCGCUCUACCAAGUCUGACAAGGACGGUAUUGUCGGCGAGAGCGUGUAUUCGAUUGGCCGCAAGAGCCUCGAGGAGGAAGGCAAGGCCGACAGCAAGCGCGUCGGUGGUGAAGGUGUCAAGGUCUUCAGUGUGUGCUGGGACAGGGAGGUUGGCAUUGUCAGUGCCGGUGAGGACAAGCGCAUCCAGAUCAACCGCGGCGAGGGUGUCCUGUCCGCAAAGCAGUAG